AUGGCUCUAAAAUCAGAAGCCUAUGAUCCUUUAGGAGAGGCCUACGAAGGUGGAUCUCCAAUGGGAGGAAAUGAGAGCCGUGUAAACAAAUCAUGGGCUCAAGUAAUUCCUGAUAAAUGUGGUCUUUACGAUCCUGAUUAUGAAAAAGAUGCUUGUGGUGUUGGCUUCGUGGCAAACAUCAAGGGUGAACCUUCUCAUAAAAUCGUUUCUGAUGCAAGAUUUUUACUUUGCAACAUGUCCCACCGUGGUGCCGUUUCUUCAGGUGGUAAUGGUGAUGGUGCCGGUAUCUUGGUGGGGAUCCCUCACGAUUUUUUUGCGAGGGAAUUUAAGCUGGAUCUUGAUAUCGAUGUUCCUCCUAGAGGACAAUACGCAGUCGGUAACGUUUUCUUCAAGAAAGGUGAAGUUCCUGCUUUAAAGGCAGCUCAAAAAGUCUUUGAAGAUCUGGCACUAGAACAAGGGUUGAAGGUUUUAGGUUGGAGAGAUGUCCCCAAGGAUUCUUCUAUUCUAGGUGAGGUAGCUCUCUCCAGAGAACCUACGAUUUUACAACCUUUAAUAGUGCAAUCCGAUUAUCAACAACAACAACAACAACAACAACAACAUUUUAAUGAAAAAUCGUUCCAAACUAAACUUUACAUUUUGAGAAAAUUGGCUUCCAAUGAAAUUGGUAUAGAAAACUGGUUUUAUGUUUGCUCUUUGAGCAAUAAAACCAUUGUUUACAAGGGUCAAUUGACACCAGCUCAAGUGUACAGCUACUACCACGAUUUAACCAAUGCUCAUUUCAAAUCCCAUAUGGCCAUGGUUCACUCCAGAUUUUCUACUAAUACUUUCCCCUCGUGGGAUAGAGCCCAACCACUUCGUUGGCUAGCUCACAACGGUGAGAUCAAUACUUUGAGAGGUAAUAAGAACUGGAUGCGUGCUAGAGAGGGUGUUCUCUUAUCUGAAACUUUUAAGGAUCAAUUGGACAAACUAUACCCUAUUAUUGAGGAAGGUGGUUCCGAUUCAGGUGCUUUAGACAAUGUCUUGGAACUACUAACAAUCAAUGGUGCUCUUUCCUUACCAGAAGCCGUUAUGAUGAUGGUUCCUGAAGCCUACCACAAGGACAUGGAUUCCAAUUUAAAAGCAUGGUUCGAUUGGGCAGCAUGUUUGAUGGAACCUUGGGAUGGUCCCGCACUACUGAGUUUUACUGAUGGUCGUUACUGUGGUGCCAUGUUGGAUAGAAAUGGUUUGAGACCAUGCCGUUAUUACGUUACCGAGGAUGAUAGAGUUAUUUGUGCUUCAGAAGUUGGUGUUAUUCACCUGGACAAUUCCCUAGUGGUAUCGAAGGGUAAGUUAAAGCCUGGUGAUUUAUUCCUCGUUGAUACGGAAGAAGGUGAAAUUGUGGAUACUAAAUCGUUGAAGAUGAAAUUUGCCAAAAGGCAGGACUUUAAAUCUUGGUUAUCCAAGGUUAUUAAACUGGAGGAUUUGGUCAAAAAGAACCAAAAAUACAUCCCCAAACAAUAUAUUCCUGAAAAUUCUGAUAUUGAUGUACAAAGAAAUCCUUUUCUUUUGGCCAAUGGCUAUACUUUUGAACAAAUUUCAUUGAUAAUAACUCCUAUGGCUCUCGGCGGCAAAGAAGCUUUGGGGUCUAUGGGUAACGAUGCACCUUUGGCCUGUUUGAAUGAGGAUCCCGUCUUAGUCUACGACUAUUUUAAGCAAUUGUUUGCCCAAGUGACUAACCCACCUAUUGAUCCCAUUCGUGAAGCUAAUGUGAUGUCCCUUGAAUGUUAUGUCGGGCCCCAGGGUAACUUACUGGAAAUGCACCCAAGUCAAUGUGAAAGAUUGUUAUUGAAGUCCCCCAUAUUGCACUGGGACGAAUUUUCAGCAUUGGAAAACAUCGAAAAGGCACACCCAUCCUGGUCCGUCUCCAAAAUCGACAUUACUUUUGACAAAUAUGAAGGUCUUUUAGGUUACACUGCAACCAUUGAACGUAUUACUGCGCAAGCAAGUGACUCCAUUGAGCAAGGUAAAAAAAUCUUGAUUCUCUCUGACAGAAGGGUGGGUCCUGAACGUGUGGCAAUCUCGUCUUUAAUUGCAGUGGGAGCCAUCCAUCAUCAUUUGGUCAGACGUAAACAACGUUCUCAUGUGGCUAUCAUUUUGGAAACCGGUGAAGCAAAAGAGGUUCAUCACUUCUGUGUCCUUUUAGGUUACGGUUGUGAUGGUAUUUUCCCCUACUUAAUCAUGGAAACUUUGGUUAGGAUGAACCACGAGGGACUAGUUCGUAAUGUGGAUGAUGACAACUUGCAAGUUGAAGAUCAUACCCUUUUGGAGAAUUACAAACAUGCCAUUGAUGGUGGUAUUUUGAAAGUCAUGUCAAAGAUGGGUAUUUCUACCUUGGCAUCUUACAAGGGUGCUCAAAUCUUUGAAGCCCUCGGUGUAGACAACUCCGUCAUUGACCUGUGUUUUGCUGGUACUGCAUCUAGAAUUAAAGGUGUAACUUUUGAAUAUUUGGCUCAGGACGCUUUCUCCAUGCACGAAGCAGCAUAUCCUACCAGAUCUGUUAUCUCCAAUUCCGUGGCCCUACCUGAAAACGGUGACUACCAUUGGAGAGAUGGCGGUUACAAACACGUCAAUGAUCCCCAAGCCAUUGCCUCUUUGCAAGAUACCGUGAAAAACAAAAAUGGUGAUGCCUGGGACAUGUACGUGAAAAGAGAAACAGAAGCCAUUAGGGAUUGCACAUUAAGAGGUCUCUUGGAGUUGGAUUUAGAAAACUCUACCGCAAUUCCCUUGGAACAGGUAGAACCCUGGACCGAAAUCGUUAGAAGGUUUUCUACCGGUGCUAUGUCGUACGGUUCCAUCUCUAUGGAAGCCCACUCAACCUUAGCCAUCGCGAUGAACCGCCUCGGCGGUAAAUCCAAUUGCGGUGAAGGUGGUGAAGAUGCAGAGCGGUCUAUCGUGCACAAAAAUGGGGAUACUAUGAGAUCGGCAAUCAAGCAAGUUGCCUCUGCUAGAUUUGGUGUGACUUCUUACUACUUGUCCGAUGCAGACGAGCUGCAGAUCAAAAUUGCUCAAGGUGCUAAGCCAGGUGAAGGUGGUGAAUUGCCAGCGCAUAAAGUUUCUAAGGAAAUUGCCCGUACAAGACAUUCCACACCAUAUGUCGGAUUGAUUUCCCCACCCCCUCACCACGACAUUUAUUCGAUUGAAGAUUUGAAGCAGCUAAUCUAUGACUUGAAGUGUUCAAAUCCUAGAGCAGGUGUUUCUGUGAAAUUAGUCUCAGAAGUUGGUGUUGGUAUUGUUGCAUCUGGUGUGGCCAAAGCCAAGGCGGAUCAUAUCUUGGUUUCCGGUCAUGAUGGUGGUACUGGUGCUGCGAGAUGGACUAGUAUCAAAAAUGCGGGUCUUCCUUGGGAAUUGGGGUUAGCAGAGACUCACCAAACAUUGGUGCUAAACGAUCUGAGACGUAACGUUGUUGUGCAAACUGAUGGUCAAAUAAGGACAGGCUUCGAUGUAGCGGUCGCUGUGUUAUUAGGUGCAGAACAAUUUACCCUAGCUACUGUGCCAUUGAUUGCCAUGGGCUGCGUUAUGUUGAGAAAGUGCCAUCUCAAUGCCUGUGCAGUUGGGAUCGCUACACAAGAUCCAUACUUGAGAAGCAAAUUUGAAGGUCAACCUGAGCAUGUCAUCAACUUCUUCUACUAUUUAAUUCAAGAUCUGAGAAAGAUCAUGGCCAAACUUGGAUUCCGUAGCAUCGAUGAGAUGGUGGGUCAUUCUGAAAAAUUAAGAAAAAGGGAAAAUGUUAACACCAAGGCAAUAAACAUUGACUUGUCACCCAUUUUGACACCCGCACACGUCAUUCGCCCGGGUGUAGCCACUAAGUUCUGCAAGAAACAGGAUCAUAAACUGCACACCCGUUUGGAUAACAAACUAAUCGAUGAGGCUGAAGUAACUUUGGAUCGCGGGUUACCCGUGACAAUAGAUGCCGAAAUUAUCAACACCGAUCGUGCCUUAGGGUCCACUCUAUCUUAUCGUAUUUCUAAGAGAUUUGGAGAAAAUGGUCUACCUCAGGAUACUGUGGUAGUAAACAUCGAGGGAUCUGCUGGUCAAUCUUUCGGUGCAUUUUUGGCUCCAGGUGUCACCUUUAUUUUGGACGGUGACGCAAAUGACUACGUUGGUAAAGGACUUUCCGGUGGUACCUUGGUGAUUAGACCGCCCGCAGGAUCUAAGUUCAAGAGUGAUGAAAAUGUCAUUAUCGGUAACACUUGUUUCUACGGUGCCACCUCCGGUACUGCCUUUAUCGCUGGUUGUGUUGGUGAAAGAUUUGCCGUACGUAACUCAGGCGCUACCACUGUGGUUGAAAGAAUCAGAGGUAACAAUGCCUUCGAAUACAUGACUGGUGGUAGGGCUGUUAUUCUCUCGCAAUUAGAAUCUCUGAAUGCCUUCUCUGGUGCCACCGGUGGUAUUUGUUAUUGUUUGACUUCCGAUUAUGAAGAUUUCGUGGGCAAGAUUAACAAGGGUACCGUGGAGUUAGAAGGUCUAUCCGAUCCUGUAGAGAUCGCUUUUGUUAAGAAUUUGAUCCAAGAACACUACAACUACACUAAAUCUGAGCUAGCUGAGAGAAUUUUAGGCAGAUUCAACUACUACCUGAAGAAUUUUGUCAAGGUAAUUCCAUCAGAUUACAAGAAAGUUCUUUUGAAAGAAGCAGAAGAAAAAGUCAAGCAGAAGCAGUUGGCUGAUGCUGAAUACUUGAGAAAAUUCCAAAGAUCAUCCAACUCCAACUUAGAUGCUACCAAUGGUGAAGUUGACGCCCUCAUGUCCUCUAAGAGAGAAAGAAAUGCAGUCUCUUUCAGAUCUGCCGCUAAAGAACCAGGUGUAGCAGAUUUGGAAGACGCCGUACCAAACCACGAAAAGUCUGCAGAGACCGUAGAGAAGCUAGAAAAAGUCCGUGGCUUCAUGAAGUACAAAGUGCGCCAUCAAUCGAAGAGACCUGCAUCUAUCAGGUCUCAAGACUGGAAGGAAUUUACCAACAAUCUGAAUAAGAAGGAUGCAAGAUAUCAAACGGCCAGAUGUAUGGAUUGUGGUACACCAUUCUGCCAAUCUGAUACAGGUUGUCCAGUCUCGAACAUUAUUCCUAAAUUCAAUGACCUAGUUUUCAAAAACCAAUGGAGAUUAGCAUGGGAAAAAUUAUCAGAGACUAACAAUUUCCCAGAAUUCACCGGUAGAGUGUGCCCGGCUCCUUGUGAGGGUGCAUGUACCUUAGGUAUCAUCGAAGAUCCAGUUGGAAUAAAAUCUAUUGAAAGAUUAAUCAUCGACAAUGCUUUCAAGGAAGGUUGGGUACAACCAUCACCACCUGACUCUCGUACUGGACGUAAGGUAGCCAUCAUUGGUUCUGGUCCUGCAGGUCUAGCAUGUGCAGACCAAUUAAAUAGAGCUGGUCAUUCUGUUACUGUUUUUGAAAGAUCCGAUCGUUGUGGUGGGCUUCUGAUGUACGGUAUCCCCAACAUGAAAUUGGAAAAAUCCAUUGUACAACGCCGUGUGAAUCUUCUAGCUGAUGAAGGUGUACAAUUUGUCGUGAACACUGAAAUUGGCAAGGAUAUUGCUGUUUCCGACCUCAGGGCUCAAUUCGACUCUGUGGUGUACGCUAUUGGGUCUACCAUCCCUAGAGAUUUGCCCAUCGAAGGUCGUGAACUUAAGAAUAUUGAUUUCGCUAUGACUUUAUUGAAGAGCAACACUUCGGCGCUUCUGAAGAAGGAUAUGGAAGCCGUUCGUCAAGCACUCGCCGGAAAGAAAGUGAUUGUGAUCGGUGGUGGUGACACUGGUAACGAUUGUUUGGGUACAUCUGUUAGACAUGGUGCAGCAUCUGUUCUCAACUUUGAAUUGUUACCCCAACCUCCCCAGAAGCGCUCUAGAGACAAUCCAUGGCCUCAAUGGCCUCGUGUCAUGAGGGUAGACUAUGGCCAUGCUGAAGUCAAAGAACACUACGGUAGAGAUCCUCGUGAAUACUCUAUUCUUGCCAAGGAGUUCAUUGGUAACGACGAGAACGAGGUGAAGGCUAUUAAGACCGUUCGUGUGGAAUGGAAGAAAUCCGAAUCUGGAGUUUGGCAAAUGGUGGAACUUCCAGGAAGUGAAGAAAUUUUUGAAGCUGAUGUGGUGCUUUUGUCAAUGGGAUUCAUAGGACCUGAAUUGAUUGAAGAUCCAAACGUAAUUAAGACUCGUCGCGGUACUAUAGCUACCGUUAACGAUGCCUCCUACAGCGUCGAUGAUGACAAGACAUUUGCAGCUGGUGAUUGUCGUCGUGGACAGUCACUAAUCGUCUGGGCUAUUCAAGAGGGUCGUAAGUGCGCAACUGCAAUUGACCAAGUUUUGAUGGGACAAACUGGUUUGCCGGGCAAUGGUGGUCUUGUCAAACGUAAUUUUUCCCUUCUAGAAGAAUUAGCAGCCACGGUUUAA